AUGGACCUCGAGACGAGGGUCAAAGCAUAUCGCUUUGUGGCCUACUCUGCUGUUACUUUCUCAGUCGUUGCCGUACUCUCAGUAUGCGUUACUCUACCGAUGGUCUACAACUAUGUUCAUCAUGUGAAGAGAAAUAUGCACAACGAGAUUAACUUUUGCAAGGGUUCUGCUAAAGAUAUCUGGACAGAGGUGAACAAACUAAAGAGCAUUCCAGCGCCAUCCAAUCGUACUGUUCGUCAAGCUGGAUAUGGAGAUGCUGCCAUAACAGGUGGAGCUCAAGCUGGAGGAUCUUGUGAUGCAUGUUGCCUUCCGGGUCCCCCUGGCCCCCCAGGCACUCCGGGAAAACCUGGACGACCCGGGAAACCUGGUGCUCCAGGCCUUCCUGGUAAUCCGGGUCGACCACCACAACAACCAUGUGAACCAAUUACUCCUCCUCCAUGCAAACCAUGUCCUCAAGGACCACCAGGACCGCCAGGUCUCCCAGGACUUCCGGGAGAUCCAGGAGCUCCAGGACAGCCUGGACUUCCAGGCCAAGAUGGCCCACCUGGGGAACCAGGACCCAAAGGACCACCAGGUCCCAACGGUAAUCCUGGAGCGCCUGGACUACCGGGAGAACCCGGAAUUCCAGCACAGUCGGAGCCGCUUAUUCCCGGAGAACCUGGGCCACCAGGAGAGCCAGGUCCGCAGGGACCACCUGGACCACCUGGCCAACCCGGAAUUGAUGGUGCACCCGGGCAACCGGGUCCUAAAGGCCCCAAUGGUCCUGACGGGCAGCCGGGAGCCGAUGGAAAUCCUGGAGCACCUGGACCUGCUGGACCCCCAGGACAGCCAGGAGAGCGUGGUAUUUGCCCGAAAUAUUGUGCUAUUGAUGGUGGAGUUUUCUUCGAAGAUGGAACACGGCGCUGA